AAAAAAAAAAAAAAAGAGUAAUACAUUCAAACAUCCUUACUGUUUAUUAGUUUAUUAGUUUGGGAGGUCUUGCUGUUUUCAGUUUCACUGAGACAGAGUCUCUAUAUUUAGCCCAGGCUGACCUUGAACUUGCUAAAUAGGGCACACUAGCUUCUGCUCCUGCAUGCUAGGAUUUUCAGGCAUGCACCACCAUGCCUGGGCAGUCAUUCUUAUUGUUAGCCUUUCUCCCCUCGAGGUAUAUCCCUUACCUCUGGGCUCAACUCCUUUAGUGUUCAGGAUAUGAUUUUGGUGCAUGGAACCCUAUGUGCACAGCAUACUGGAGACAAAAAUAAAAAUAUGUUUCAUAGGGUUUUGAAACUCUUAGCUUUAUCUGUUCAAUUUUUAGACUGUAGAGGUUCGUUUAGCAGUACAUUUCUGAAGCACAGACUUCAGCCAAAUGAGCCUUACCGCACCUUCUAAGUCAGACAUGUAUGAAGCUUUGUCGGGGUCCCCUGCUGACAGUGAAGACAGCCUUGUGACAGUGAAGGUGGAGGAUCCCACCUGGGAGCAGCCAGGCAGCUCACGCGGCAGGACCCAUGCUCGGGAACUUCACCGUCUGAGAUUUAGGCAGUUCUGUUACCAGGAGGCCCCUGGGCCCCGGGAAGCUCUGGCCCAGCUUUGGGAACUUUGCCGUCAAUGGCUGAGGCCAGAGACCCACAGCAAGGAGCAGAUCCUGGAGCUGCUGGUGCUGGAGCAGUUCCUGAUCAUCCUGCCCAAAGAACUCCAAGCCUGGGUACAGAUGUAUCGUCUACAGAGUGGGGACAAGGCAGCGGCAUUGCUAGAGAAUCUAGCCUCAGAUGUGGAGACUCAGGACAGCAGGUGGGAAAGUAAUGAAUGUGCUAGUGUGAGAGAAAUAGGGGGAGGCAUCAUGUUCUGUUUUCUUUCUCAGAGCUUGUGCGCCCCACAUUCCUGGUUGUACUACUUUCCCUACGGAAAAGACAGUCUCUCAAGGUUGAACACUCUCAGGAACUGCCACCCACCCCGAGACUCCCGGGCCAGGAUGCACAUCACAUCCUUGCAGUAUGCAGCUGGAGACAUCACUCGGAAAGGGAGGAAAAACAAAUCUCGAGUGAGCGAGCUGCUUCAGGGCCUCGCGUUUUCUGAUGACUCAGAGGCAGAGGAAGACAAUGAGUCUGGGGUGCAGCCUCAGAGAAAGAAGCUAAAGGUGUCCACUGUCCCCGAGAAGAACUGGACUAAAAGAGACAUUAAGCCCAACUUUCCAAGCUGGUCAGCACUGGAUUCUGGACUUUUGAAUCUCAAGAGUGAGAAGUUGAACCCAGUAGAGCUCUUUGAAUUAUUUUUUGAUGAUGAAACGUUUAACUUGAUUGUCAAUGAAACCAAUAACUAUGCUUCUCAGAAAAAUGUCAACUUGGAAGUCACAGUGCAGGAAAUGUGGCGUGUGUUUGGUGUCCUGCUCUGGAGUGGACUCGUAAGGCAUCCCAGGAGGGGAAUGUAUUGGGAAAUCUCUGAUGCUGAUCAGACCCUGGUUAGAAAUGCAAUUAAAAGGGACAGAUUUGAAUUGAUUUUCUCAUGCCUGCAUUUUGCUGAUAAUAGCCACCUAGAUCAAAAAGAUAAGUUUUCAAAAUUGAGGCCUCUAAUGAAGCAAAUGACUAAGAAUUUCCUCCUGUACGCCCCACUAGAAGAAUACUGUUGUUUUGGCAGGUCAAUGUGUGAAUGCUUUGAUAAUGACCAAUUUCUGAAUGGAAAGCCUCUUGGAAUUGGCUAUAAAAUGUGGUGUGGUACAACCACACAAGGCUACCUAGUUUGGUUUGAGCCCUACCAAGAAGACUCAGCUGCGGAAGCAGAUGAGGAGCUGGACCUUGGGCUAGGUGGGAAUCUAAUAAUGAGCUUUGCUGCUGAUCUUUUGCAGAAAGGUCACUAUCCCUAUCCCCUGUGUUUCGAUGGCUUCUUUACAAGUGUUAAACUGAUGUCAGCUUUGAAGAAGAAGGGAGUGAAGGCUACAGGAUCAGUUCGUGAAAACAGGACCAAAAAAUGCCCGCUCAUGAAUGUAGAACACAUGAAAAAGAUGAACGGGGGUAUUUUGAUUUCAGGGUGGGAGAAAAUGAUGAGAUAAUUUUAUGCCGUUGGCUUUGUGAUGGCUUUAUUAGUCUGUGUUCGAAUGCUGUAGGCAUAGAACCAGUCAGUGAAGUAAACUGUGUUGCUGAUGAUGAAGAGCUCCUUCAGGUAAGCCAACCAUCCAUA